UGACCCUGCGCGCACAUCUAAUGCGCAUCUACGUCACCAUCCAGUUUCUACGAUAGAGAAGGGCGCGAGAUAGAAAUCCAGGAGCGCGGAUAACCCGGGCGCUCCGCUCCAGCUGGUUACAAACCCGACCGCUCUACACAACAGCUCCGAGCCUCCAUCACCACCACCGACCGCGUCAUUAAGACCAUAAGCCUGUGGAAUACAACCGUGUAAUACCGAAUAUACAUGCACAUGACGUACAACAGCAGCAGGACAAAUCACCGUCUGACCGUAAACAACAGAAACAGAGGGAAAUGUCUUGGUGGCCGCGCGGCGAGGAUGGAGAGGAGGCCAUGCAUCAGGACACUGACUCUGAUGUGGCAGAGCACAGGGACGGUGGGAAAGUGAAGGUGAAAUGGACACAAGAGGAGGAUGACAAGCUCAAAGCGCUGGUUCAGAAAGUGGGACCCAAUGACUGGAAAUAUAUUGCCAGCUAUGUGCCGAGUCACAGUGAGCACCAGUGUCAGCACCGUUGGUAUAAGGUCUUGGAUCCAGAACUGGUUAAAGGUCCUUGGACAAAAGAAGAGGAUGAGAAGGUUAUAGAACUUGUGAAUCUCUAUGGCAACAAACAAUGGGCAUUGGUAGCCAAACAUCUGAAGGGUAGAUUGGGGAAGCAGUGUAGAGAGCGCUGGCACAACCACCUCAAUCCCAACGUGAAGAAGUCAUCUUGGACGGCGGAGGAGGACCUCAUCAUCUACAAGGCCCACCGUCUGCUCGGAAACCGCUGGGCUGAGAUCGCCAAGCUGCUCCCUGGAAGGACGGAUAAUGCAGUGAAGAAUCACUGGAAUUCCACCAUCAAACGCAAGUUGGAGAUGGGCUUCUAUGCUGGAGAGGUCUUUAGGCCAAAUGAGCUUGAAGAGCUGUUGGCCCGUGUUAAUAAAGAUGUGCAGCAGGUGGCCAGUUGCUCUCAAGAUGGAGCAGACCAAGAGCCAGAGCAGAAAACACAUCCCUCAGCGCUACAGGAAGCAUUGGCCUCUGCCCCUGUUAAAAUCCGAGCCAGUGAAGCAGGACCAUCAAAGGCUGAGUCCUCUCCAAAGGAGAGUUUAAGCCCAAAGACUGAAACAGACUCAACCUCAGGAGACAUGAGCUGCUCCAGCUGGGUGGUGGACAGCUCAGGCUUUCUCUCCCCUAAUGGCCCAGCACUGAAGGAGGUGCUGGACUUGGUGGAUGGGGACCUUGAAGGUUGGUGCAACCUAGCAGCCUUUGACCUGCCAGAGGAAAGUCCGAGCCCAGAGCGCCACCAGUUCCGUCUGGAGGGCAGUACCUUGCAGGAGUUGAGCAAAGGCAGCAAGGGGGAACUUAUCCCGAUCUCCCCUGGAGGGGUCACUCCGCCCUCCAUACUGAACCACAGAAGCAGGAGACGCAUCGCCUUGUCUCCCGAUGGCAACUCCAUGACUCCCAAGAGCACUCCUGUCAAAAUCUUGCCUUUUUCUCCAUCUCAGUUCCUCAACAUGUGGACCAAGCAGGACACUCAUGACCUGGAGAACCCAUCCCUCACGUCAACACCAGUAUGCAGCCAGAAAGCCAUUGUUACCACACCGCUACAACGCGACAAGACGCCGCUCACUCAGAAGGAAAACUCAGCAUUUGUCACACCCAACCACAAAUCCGAUCUCUGCACAACCCCACGGACUCCGACGCCGUUUAAAAAUGCCAUGGAGAAGUACGGUCCUCUGCAGCCUCUGCCCCAGACUCCAAAUCUUGAAGACGACAUAAACGAGGUCAUCCUAAGAGACGCUGGGAUUGACUUGGUUGUUGUGCGCACGACUCCACCUGAGCAGAGACGCAAAACGAUGCAUCGACCUCCUAUGAAGAAAGUGCGUAAAUCAUUGGCCUUGGAUGUCAUGGACUGCCAGGUGAUGCCUAAAUCCAGACGCAAGUCCCUCAAAACUGAAGUCAAACCCAGCAUCAAGGAGGAGUCCGUGUUAGUUCCUCUCAGCUCUUCCUCAUUUUGCAGUAAGCAGCAUGAAAAUAUUCUGGAUCAGGGCUUCCUUUUGGGGCCAAGUGACAGUGCCAUAUUUCCCAAUGCAAUGGCUCCCACUCCAAUGUCUAAAGAAUGGGAGACGAUUGUCUGCGGACAGACUAAAGACCAGCUCAUAAUGACGGAGAGAGCACGACGCUACCUGCGCUCACUAAAACCCCACGCUACCAACCGGGCUCUGAUUCUGUCCUGAGACUUCAACAUGUUAAAAAUACACAACUUAAUAUUGCUGUUUUUUUCCCCUUACUUUUUGCUGUCAUAAUUUUGUGAUGGGGAGAACAUGACAUGCGUAGGAUUAGCACAAAGUCAUUAGCAAUCAAGCUAUCAAUACUGUGAGAGAAUGGAGCUUUUAGAUUAAGUCUCACUCCAGAGGCCUAUUUCCAGGUUUAAGAAUAUUAAUUCAUCACAGUUCAUUGUAUUGUUGUCAUUUAAACAUGUUGAAUAGAAGAAUGAAUGUACAAUUGAAAAAUCACGGCUAUAUACGUUUGCUAUCACUGAAAAGACAAGGUUUUACAUUGCGUAAUGUGUCUGUAAUGUAACUGUUUUUAAAAAUUUGAAUAGUACAAACACUCAGGUUGCACCUCCAUACCUAAAGCUCCGUUGUAUAAUAUGUGAAUAUGGAGUAAAUUCGGACAAGAGAUCAAUGUUGAAAAUGUCAUGCUAGCCUUGUCUGUUUAACAUGUGUGUAUAGAUUUAUAGUAUAAAUCUCAAUACAGCAAAGGAGGGCAUCACGUGAGUUAAGUUAGACAUCUGGAAAUCUAAGAACACAAAUAAUCCAUCAAUUUGACUCACUGCUUACUGAAAUACAACAAAGUGAUGUAUAUACUUGGGAAGGUUUUAUGUUGUAUCCAAGUUGUUCAAACAUAAUGGAGGCAUUGAAGGCGUACCAAUGUUGAUGGCAACAGUAUUAUGUUAUUUGGCACUGUUUGUAAAUAUUUAGUGUUGUAUGUUUUUACUUUAUCUUUUGUUAAGAAUUGUAAUUUAAAAAAGCCUAUAAUAUGGCCAAUAUACAUUUUCUUCAUGGUGUGAAUGCAAGGCAGCGUUAUACUGUACUACACAUCAAACCUUUCAUUGAACAGUUGGCUAGUUGUGGUUUUAUAACAGGGUUCAACCUGGAUUAAUGUCUCAAACAGUUCCACUAAAUAUCAAAACAGGUCUGUGGUACAGAAUAGUGUACAGUUUCACAUUACAUUUUAGCAAAUGGUUAGAGUUGUUUCAGGUUGAUUGUCCGUUUCCCUGCUGUUUUCGUGCCUGGAAACAAGUCAAAGGACAAUAAAAUACUUCAAGAUGGAA